AGAGAGAUACAGAGAGAGAGCCAGAGACACUCAGAGAAAGAUAGAGACAGAGACAGAGAUAGAGUAACAGAGAGACAUUCUAACAAAGAGUGCAGACUAAAUGAUCACCAAAGUCCCUUCUAGCUCUGACCCCUUUGGGUCUUGUGGAUUUUUUUUAAAGUAUUCUAUGAUUUUUAAAGUUUGGAAACCCUUGCCCCAGAUGUGACCAUGCACAAUUUGAAAGGGGAAAGGCUCUCCAUCUAGGAGAGCCUACCAAUCAGCUUAUCAACAGUAAUGUCAUCUAGAAAUAUGGACUAGCAUUUUAAAACCUUCAUAGUGCCAGUGAAAUGAUUUAACUUUGACCCUGCUUAUGACAAAGCUAACUGAUAAAUCCAGUAGGAAAAAGGCCGGAAGCCCCAGAUGUACAGAGAUAAAAACCAAUGUUAUCCCCUGGGAUUCUUCCCCCAAUGCCCACCAGCUUGGCUGCCCAGGAAGAUGCUCUGGCAGAGAAGAAGGUUAGGUUGGUCUUGCUCUGCACUGUAGGGCCAAGGGCCUUUCCUUUGGGCUCAGCCAUAAAGGACAUUGUAUUGAACCAAGAAUACAGCCUAAAUCGACUGACUUAUCAGUGUCCCAUAAUCCCGAGGAGACACCAUUCCCAGCCCUGGCUUUUGACAGGUGAUCAUGACGCUUCACGAAACCAUAAUGGAUAUGGAUAUGCCAGAUUAUAGUGUGCCCCUGGACUCUUCUUACACCAUGUUAGAGUUUGAGAACCUGCGGGGGUUACCCACAAACUCAGGACACAGAGAUUCAGGUCUAGGCCCCCCAGAGGUCACAUCACCAGAAUCCAGCCAGGCCAGCUUGCUGACUAAUGGAAUUAAUUCCCUGUGUUCCAUCUGUGGGGAUCGUGCUACAGGCAAACACUAUGGUGCUUCCAGCUGUGAUGGGUGCAAAGGAUUCUUCCGGAGGAGUGUCCGCAAGAACCACGUCUAUUCUUGCAGGUUUAACAGACAAUGUGUAAUUGAUAAAGACAAGAGGAAUCAAUGCAGGUAUUGUCGAUUGAGGAAAUGUUUUAGAGCAGGAAUGAAGAAAGAAGCUGUACAGAAUGAGCGAGAUCGGAUAAGUAUUCGCAGGAACAGCUAUGAAGACAGUGGGUCCCUGUCGAUUGCCAUCCUGACCCAGGCAGAAGUGAUGGCAACCCAGCACUCCUCCAUAAACCCUACGAACAGAACCGAUGUGACCUCGAAAAAGGUGGCCACCAUCAGCGACGUGUGCGAGUCUAUGAAGCAGCAGCUAUUGAUUCUGGUUGAAUGGGCCAAAUACAUCCCAGUGUUCUGGGAGCUCCCACUGGAUGACCAGGUGGCAUUGUUGAGAGCCCAUGCUGGGGAACACCUUCUUCUUGGAGUUGCCAAACGAUCUAUUCCCUUUACGGAUUUUCUACUUUUAGGAAAUGAUUUCAUUAUUCCUAUGCACUGCCCAGAACUGGAAAUUGCUCGAGUUGCUAUAAGAAUAUUGGAUGAGUUGGUCAAGCCUUUGAGAGAAAUACAAAUUGAUGACAAUGAAUAUGCUUGUCUUAAAGCUAUUAUAUUCUUUGAUCCAGACUGCAAAGGCCUGAGCGACCCUGGCAAGGUGAAACGGCGCCCAGGGCAGGAACCCGAGGACCCGGCCACGACCGCCAGAGACCGGGGCCAGCACCUCCUUUCGCCGCCGCUGCAGAGCAUCACCUGGCAGAUGAUCGAGCAGAUCCAGUUCGUGAAACUCUUCGGCAUGGCCCGCAUCGACAGCUUGCUGCAGGAGAUGCUCCUGGGAGGGAACACCAUGGAAAUGCCCCAGUACCAUUCUGGGAUGCCCAGCUUAAACUUGGAGCCAGUCACAAGCCAUAUCCUUCCCAACACCCUCAGUUCGGUGAUCCAAGCCGCCCCUGGAUCAGGCCAGAAUUGCUGUUUUACACCGGGUCAUGUGUCUACAGACACAUCUGUCUCUUCUCCUACAAGCCCUGGGAAUGAAGAUUACAAAUUGGACCCUGCCAGAGGAUCUGAAAUGCCCAUUCAAAUACUGCCUCAGACUGUCGUACCUAAGCAAGAGAUUUUAUAAGCCAUGAAAGCCAAGAGACUUAAGCCCCCUUGGAAGUCAGCUACAAGCCAAUUUCUUUACCUUUCCAGAUGUGAGCCACCAUGACUGUCUCAGCUCCACAGCCUGCCCAGAUUUCAGGGGCUGGGAAUUCAAUGUUCACAUCCAGUUGGCCACUUGAUUAGGAAUAGGCUUGCUCUUGGAUUGAUUCCCCAGGAUCUCUUUCCUUUUCAAAAAUAUAAGAUGGCUAAAAUUUGGAGGUACUUGAAAAUAGAUGUCUCCAACAGCUGUCCAACAGAACUGAAAAACCACUAUAGUCUAACUCCAUUUGGCUGGAGUGAAACCUCCGGCUUUCAUUAGCAUAACACAAAGCCAUACAGAUCCAACUAAUUUAUGUCCUCAGCUUAAGAUUUUUCAGAAGUGGAGGCAAAACUGGAACUAUACAGAGAACGCACAUCUUAAAAAAACAGCCCAUUUGGAAUUGGGCGGAGGGUUUUGUUGGGGUAUUCACCUGAUAAUUUGAAGAAGGGCCCAGCCAUCUUUCAUUCAAUUCCAGACAUAUUUGCUAAGUGCCUACUAUGCAAGAUAUUGUGCUAAUCACUGGCCUGAUUUCUACAUACAAAUUCUAACUUCUAAGACAUCCUUUCUCUGUAUCCUCCUUCCUGCCAUUCACAUGACUCGCCAAAGCAUUCCAAUGCAACACCUAUUAAAAAACCAUACAAUUUCCCACCUCAAGUACAUUACACCAAUACCUUAAAACAGAAAUAACUGGUUAGUGCUGGGGAAUUUUGGGUUGGUUCUGAUGAGACACAAUAAAGCCAUUACAGAGUGGUAAUAAUGGAAGGAGUAUUCCACCUGGAGUCAGAUCUAGCCUCAGGUACUUGCCAACUGUGUGGCCAUAAAGGGAGUUUUGGAACCCCAUUCAAUUCAUCUAUAAAAUGAAGAUAACUUAUGGUUCCCACCUUGCCAAGUUGUGAUAAGGAUCAAAGGAGACUAUGUUAAGGGACCCCCCCCCCCAUCCCUGCCUCCAUUCCUCACUAUGCACUUCCUAAUCUCUCAGACUUCUUCUAAACCAGUUUUUCUCAGUGGUCAAGUACCUGAAUCAAGCUUAAAGUCACAAAGGCCUUUUUGCCUGUUACAGAUGAGAUUCAGAAAGAAGUUGAAUGUCCAAGUAAGUAUUAUCUCUGUUUAUUUUUAGGAAGCUAUUGACAGAACUAUUUCUUGUUCAGGAUACUACUUCUCAAAAUUAUCUUUAGAACCAAAAUCAUUUCUAUUCCCAGGGUUGACAAAUCUUUGUUUUAUGACAGUGGAACUGAGUAUUGGAAACAAUAGUCAUUCUGAGUCAUAGCAGGUGACUGAGUAGGGGAUCAAACUGGACAAAACCAUUCGGGUAAAAAAUGAAGGAUGAUAUAGAAAAGGAAUUAGUCUGGUUUCUGUUCUGCUUACCAAAGACUCAAACCAAAAUAGACUGAUCCUUGAAGGUAUAACCUAAAGAGGACCUACACACAUAUUUAAGUAACGAUAGCACCUUCAGCACAAGUAUAGUCUUCCAUGGUGACUUUCUUGAAGAAAACAUUAUACAUUUGGAUGUGUAAAUUCUAUUGUUAAAAAAAAAUAUGUCCCAUGACUUCAUAGUCACACCUUAUAUAGGAAGAAUAUAAUUAAUACAGGUAUUUUCACAUUAGUCAAGAGUUGUGAAAAUGUCUCAUUACUGAUGUCCUUUUAUAGCUAAAGCUUUAAAAAAAAAAAGACACAAAUGUGCAUAUUUUGGUAUUACAGAAACUGUAGAAACAGGAAAAAAUAAUCUGAUCCAUGUCCCCACAUAUAUAAAACUGCAUAUCUGAAACUUCUUGAACAAUUUUCUAUGCACACUAUUAAUGCUCAAAAAAAUCUAGAAAGUCAAGUAAUAUUUCUAUUCACUGAAGUUAGCCUACAGCAUGAAAAUGUUAUGACUGUAAUGCCUUAAAAAUCUUGCUUCUUUCAAAUGGAAAGGCAGAAAUUACACCAACAUACAGAAAUGCCUGAUGCCUUUAAGUUUCAAGUCAGAUCAUGACAAUAAAAACUGAAGAUAAGCUAACGUACCUCAGAUAAACCUGGUCUGGCAAAGACCCUAUCAUGGACCGACUUUGAGUGAAUCCCUGGUCUGAUCACUGCCAAUGAAAAAUAAAAUAUAUCUGUUGAUUUUUACAGCUACAUUAGCCUUAAACGGGGAGCCUUGUAAUCAUUAACCAAUGGCCAUUGAACAACACCAUAGCAGAAAAGUUUUAACUAUUAUCAUGCAAUGAUCAGAUCACAAUUUUCUCUUGAACUCAGGAGUCAUUUUCCAUUCUAUGAUUUAGGUGGAGGAUUUUUUUUCCAAACUGAUUUGGCAGCUCAGGAAAUGGAAUCCAUGUCCAUAAUUUGCAUUUUUUUUUGGUGCUUUUUACAAAUUACAUUGGGCAUCCCAACCAUGACUAAAUAUUUGAAGGAAGGGGCAGAAAUCUUGAGCAGCACAUCACUGAGAAGGGCAGCAAAUGCCAUCUUCACUGACCCCAGACACCCUGUAGGUCCCCAAAUUCACCGAUGAUAUAGGCAGUUCUCCCCUGUUGCAGCUGCAUUGGUGAGGAAGCAGAAGGCAGACUCAGAUGAGGUUUAUGAGAGCACUAUCUAGGACCAAUAAAUGGAUGUGCACACUGGAGGUAGGGGAGCAGGGACAUACUAGGCAGUGUGAGGCAGUGACCUUCUGUUGUCAUUGGCACACGAGGGUGAGGUCCCAUUGGCUUCUGCCAACUACAGCUCUGCUCACCAAAGACUCAUCAGAAUGAUGAGAUGCAAUAAAAAGAAAAUUAGAAAAUCCAAGACAUGUUUCCUUUUUAUCGGAUCCCUUUAUCAGUGUGAUGCCAAAGGGUCCCCCCUUAAGGGUCUCUCAAAAACAAUAUAUACCAACUACUCUUUCCCCAGUUUCUGUUAGAAGUUCUGUAUAUAUGGUUAUUACAGGUGUCAUUGCUGAAUUUGUUUUUCCAACUUCUGGCUUUCUUUUUCUAAAUAAAAUACAAGACUAUUACAAAAUUUUUUAAAAAUUUGUGCUGGGCUCUUCUAUUGGUGAAAGGGAAAUUUUGCUCAGGGGCUUCAUUUACUAUCAACAGAAACAAGAAAACGAGCACUUACUAAGUGGCUGGUGUGUGCUAGGCACUGUGCUAAGCAUUUUGCAAACUAUCUCAUUUUAUAUAGAAUCAUGGCACAAGUUCUGUCACGAACUAGGGUGUCUGGAUUCCACUGCCCAAUAUUUCUUUUGGCUAAUGAUCUUGGUGACCUCCAAGACUUUAAUGCUGUCACAUGUAGAUGAUUAAUAAGAAAACUGGAGAAAACCAAUCUGUCUCUGGGAAUUGGGGAGAGGGAA